CGUGCCCUAACCUUUUCCUUCUCCCAUCAACGCCGAUUCCCUCUUCCCUUUCUGUGAACUCGCCGCCUCCACCAAGUCUCGCCCACAUCUCCUCUUCCCCUCCUCUUUGUCUCGCGCCGCCUCCACCAAGUCUCGCCCACAUCUCCUCUUCCCCUCCUCUUUGUCGGGCUCGCGGCGCUCUCAUCUUCUUCCUCGAUCCACCGACGCCGGCGGACGAAAAACCACUUGAGCCCUAAGUUUCCGGUCACCGAAUCCUCCCUCUCCUCUCCUGGUCGCGGGCAUUGGAGAUCGCCGGGAAUCGAGCAUCCGAGUCUCCACCUCACCUGUGCCCUAGACCGCCGACCCUUGCUUCUUCUCCAUUGCACGUUGCCAGCCGAGUUCAUCGACACAGAUCGUGUCAUCGGCGGCCACUGCCACUGUGAGCUGUCUGCACGGCUCUGUCAACUACCAGGUACCCUUCUAUUCUUAAGCCCUCUUGGUCCCCUGAGAAGCUUUCGGCCAGAACCUCCAAGGAGCACUGUUCUGAUGGAUCAAUUGAGGGAUUCGAGUUGUAUGUAAACUUUUGGAUCUAUUGAAGACGGUUGACACGAUCUUCUUUUUGAGGUCUUCCAGUCUUCUGUAAUAUGGAUAUGGCCAUUCAGGGAGUUGAAAAUGAAGCCUUUGGUUUCCUGGUUAAACAGGGGGCAGAAGCUAGGGUGUUCAAGUCAACUUUUGUGGGUCGUUUGUCGAUUGUGAAAGAGCGUUUCUCCAAGAAAUAUAGGCAUCCCUUACUUGAUUCAAAGUUGACAGUGAAGCGCUUGAACAUGGAAGUUCGCUGCAUGACAAAAGCCAGGCGUCUUGGUGUCCCCACUCCAGUAUUAUAUGCUGUCGAUCCAAUUCUGCAUACUCUGACAUUUGAAUACGUGGAUGGGCUCUCUGUGAAGGAGAUCCUAUUAGAUUUUGGAUUAAAUGGUAUUGUUGAAGAACAACUAAAUGAUAUUGCUAUACAGAUAGGAACUGCAAUGGGAAAAAUGCACGAUGGGGGUCUUAUCCAUGGUGAUUUGACCACUUCAAAUAUGAUUAUUAGGGGAGAGACUAAUCAUUUGGUUCUUAUAGACUUCGGUCUGAGUUUCACAUCAACUAUUCCUGAAGAUAAAGCAGUCGAUCUAUAUGUGUUAGAGAGAGCUUUGUUAUCAAUGCAUUCUUCAUGUGGAAAUGUGAUGGAAAAAAUACUGUCAGCCUAUAGAAAGUCUUCUAAGCAGUGGUCAUCCACGAUGAACAAACUAGCUCAAGUGAGACAGCGAGGUCGAAAACGUACCAUGGUAGGAUGAUUCUUGUGAGUUCCGUGUCCACUGGCACCAAGUUACUAGGUCAGGUUACACAUUGCUGUUAGAUAUGGAACUGUUUUCACUUAACAAAAAUAAGCCUAAAUAGACAAUUCAUCAUGUUUGGUGCCAUGCAAUCUCAAUAUAGUGUUGGUGUUCUUGCAAGUAUUGUUGUAUGGUUUGUCAUUCGUAGUAAUAUUGUAAAACACCAGUGAAAAAAUUUAUAAAAUUUCACUGCAUAUCCAAGAUUGGCGGUUGAUUUUGUUGGGACUAAA